AAAAAUAAUUUAAUAAUGAAUCCUGUCAUUUUUUUCCUCUUUCAGACAGAUGUAAUUGUUAAUUCUGUACAUCCAUGUGGUGGUCUUCGAGUUGGAACUGUGUCGAAAUCAAUUCUACAACAAGCAGGAGAUGAAAUAGAGUGGGAAUUCAGGAAAAAAAUGGCUAAGGUACCUCAAGAUUCACAGUUGAUCCUGGUCACAGAAGGAUUUAAAUUGCCCUGUGAAUAUGUAUUCCAUGUGUUGUGGCCUUCAGGAUAUCAUGAACUAAAUAUGAUACUGAAAAAUGUGAUGAAGAUGUGUUUGAAAAAAUGCCUGGAGCUAAAUAAAACUUCCAUUUCCUUUCCUGCCCUUGGGAUUGAAAGCUUUGGUAAAUGGAAGAGUACAGCAGCAGAGAUUAUGUUUGAUGAAGUUUUAAUAUUUGCCAAGCACCAUUUGAAAAAACAAUUAACUGUAAAGUUUGUGAUCUUUUCAGAAGAACUGGACACAUUUAAGGCUUUCAAAGCUAAAAUGGCAAACUGUAUGUCCAAGUUGCAGGAUUUCAACAAUGACAGUGUCUUUUCAGUCCCUGAGUGGACCAGAGAGGAAGAAAGAGAAAAUGGGCUUAAAGUUCGAUCUCCUGCCAUCAGCCUGAUGGGAUUCAACCUAGAAAGCAUGCGUGAGGCCCAAGUAUGGAUCCAAAAGAUACUGACACUCCAGGACCAACACAUCAUUGAGAAUAAUCAUAUCCUCUACCUGGGGAAAAAGGAACAUGAUAUUUUGCUUCAGCUUCAGAGAACUUCAAGCGUCUCUAUCUCAGAGAUCAUCAGUCCAGAAAAGGCAAUGCUAGAGAUUAAAGGAGCCCAGGGUGACCUCGUUCAAGUGGUUUUGAAUAUCGAGCAUAUGCUGUGUAAAGUUCAAGAGGAACUGGCAAGAGAAAAGGAGCAAGCCCUUUGGAGCUUGUCAGGACAGUGGACUGCUCAGCAACCAAAAAUCCAGGAUGAAAUGAAAGAAAAUACAUUUCUGAAACGCCUAAUGCUUUCAGCUCAAGAAAUUCAGGAUCAGAAGAAACAGUUUGAAAGCUGUGGUUUACAGGUUAUAAAGGUGGAGAAGAUAGAUAAUGCAGUUCUCAUGGCUGCCUUCCAAGGAAAGAAAAUAACGAUGGAAGAGAGAAUGCCUAGGGAACCUGUGAGCCACAGGUUGUUUCAGCAUGUCCCGUGGCAGUUCUGCAAAGUGGUAUGCAGAGUUGGCUUUCAAAGAAUGUACUCAGGGCCCUGCGACCCAAAAUAUGGAGCUGGCAUAUACUUCACCAAGAACCUCAUAAACCUAGCAUGCCAGGUGAAGAAAACACCUGCCACAGACAAGCUGAUCUAUGUGUUUGAGGCCGAAGUCCUCACAGGCUCCUUCUGUCAGGGUCAUCACUUAAAUAUUGUUCCCCCACCACUGAGUCCUGGAGUCAUAGAGAGCCAUGACAGCGUGGUCGACAAUGUCUCCAGCCCUGAAACCUUUGUUAUUUUUAGUAGCUUGCAGGCUGCACCCCUGUAUUUGUGGACUUGUGCCCAGGAUCAUGUACAGCCACAGGACUACUCAUCAGGACCAGUGAUGUCUCCAGAGCAGCGUUGGAGGAAAUUGUCAAGUGGCAGCCCUGUUGAUUAACCUCACAUGAUUUUAACCCCUGGCAUGUCCUUACUUUGGAGGAACCAACCAAGUAAUGACCAUCAACGACUCAGAGUGGUUGCAUAUGUCAAGUGGACCAGCAACAUACUGGCAUCUUAGUUUCUUUAUCUUUGUCUUCAUCUCCUGGGGGUGGAUGGGUAGAUAGCAACUAAAGCACUUUCAGAACCAUCCCCUUUCCUUCAAGUUGUCCUUUCAUUUCCUUUACUGUAGGUUACAGUGAAAACAUUUUACAUGUAAUGAAGAGGUUUUUCUAGUGCAUAAUCCAAGCCUUUUAUUUUCUAAAACAGUGAUAGUGUAACAUAUUAGAACAGCAGGAUGAUGUUAGAGUUUUCAGAGAAUCUUAUGUAGUGCUUUAGAUAUCAAAAUAAAUCACAUUUGUCUGAGUAA